CUUUCAGGAUGGAGGGAGUAUUAGGUAUACUAUAAGACAGAUAGGAUCAAGGCUGCUACCAAGAUAGUUAGUGCCCACCACCUAGGACAGACAAGACACCUUGAGCUUCAGGUUAGCAGCAGAGAGCAAAUGGUGUCGAUGGAGUUGCUGAUGCCGGUGGCUGCCAUGCUCGCCUUCGACAUCCUCUUUGCGCUGAUGACAGUGCUGGUGAAGAAGGCGCUCGAUGGUGGCCUGAACCCUGUCGUUCUAAUCGCUCUGCGGCAGUUUGUUGCGGCAGUUUUCCUGGCCCCAAUUGCAUACUUCCGAGAAAGGAAUGCAAGACCAAAAUUCACAAAGGAGAUAUUUGCCUACUUGUUCAUGAGCGCGCUACUCGGGGCACUAUUUGCUCAGUAUCUAUUCUUCUUGGGGUUGAGCUACACCACUGCAACACUCGCUGCAACCGUCUCGAACAUGACUCCGGUCUUCACCUUCUUGAUCGCCGUCCCUCUCCGGUUGGAAACAGUUGAUGUUAGGAGCAAAGCAGGUGUUGCUAAGAUCGCAGGAACACUUGUGUCGGUUGGUGGUGCAACGCUGCUGAGUCUGUACAAGGGUGCUGCUCUGACUGGCACAACAUCUUCAGCGCAAGAGCACAUCACCACCAGCAGCAGCAAGGGUAGAUGGAUGCUGGGCUCGGCGUUGCUGCUGCUGAACUGCAUCACCUUCGCAUUCUGGAUGUUGCUGCAAGGGAAACUCACCAAAAAGUACCCUGCAGUCAUCUCGAGCACUGCAUUCAUGGCCUUAAUCAGCUCACUGCAAGCAGGAGCGCUGGCACUCACCACCCAAAGGCACCUCUCCGUGUGGCUUCUCCGAGGAACCACACAGAUCGCAACCGUUCUUUUCGCGGGAGUGGGAGUGUCGGGGAUAGGGUACGUGCUGAUGACCUGGUGCAUUGAGAAGAGAGGGCCGGUGUUCACUGCAGGCUUCUUGCCUCUCAUUCAAAUCAUAGCUGCAGUCCUUGGUCUCUUCAUCCUUCAUGAACAGCUUUACCUUGGAAGUGUGGUAGGUGCUGCUCUUGUCAUCGGAGGCCUCUAUCUUCUCCUCUGGGGGAAGAGCAAGGAAGCAUCAUCAGCUUCUCUUUUGUUGGCGAAAGGAGCGGAAGAAGACAGGGAGAAGCAACCAAAUUUGUGUGCACAUGAAGGGCACUCUUAGUUAGUCUUCGGAACGUCAAGUAUCAUCCAAAAUGUUCCAAUUAUGUCCAAUGUAUGUUGCUACAACUUUGAAUAAGUCAGUGCCAUAUUUGUGAUCA